AUGCUCCUGGACGCCGGCCCCCAGUAUCCCGCGAUCGGUGUGACCACCUUUGGUGCAUCCCGGCACCACUCGGCAGGCGACGUGGCCGAGCGAGACGUGGGCCUGGGUAUCAACCCGUUCGCCGACGGCAUGGGAGCCUUCAAGCUCAACCCCAGUUCGCACGAACUGGCCUCGGCUGGCCAGACAGCCUUCACGUCGCAGGCGCCCGGCUACGCCGCUGCUGCGGCCCUGGGCCACCAUCACCACCCGGGCCACGUCGGCUCCUACUCCAGCGCAGCUUUCAAUUCUACGCGGGACUUUCUGUUCCGCAACCGAGGCUUCGGCGACGCGGCCGCGGCAGCUAGCGCCCAGCACAGUCUCUUCGCUGCUUCAGCCGGCGGCUUCGGGGGCCCACACGGCCAUACGGACGCCGCGGGUCACCUCCUUUUCUCCGGGCUUCACGAGCAGGCGGCGGGCCACGCGUCGCCCAACGUGGUCAACGGGCAGAUGAGGCUAGGCUUCUCCGGGGACAUGUACCCGCGGCCGGAGCAGUACGGCCAGGUGACCAGCCCGCGAUCUGAGCACUAUGCCGCGCCGCAGCUUCACGGCUACGGGCCCAUGAACGUGAACAUGGCUGCACACCACGGCGCUGGCGCCUUCUUCCGCUAUAUGCGCCAACCCAUCAAGCAAGAGCUUAUCUGUAAAUGGAUCGAGCCGGAGCAGCUGGCCAACCCCAAAAAGUCGUGCAACAAAACUUUCAGCACCAUGCACGAGCUGGUCACGCACGUCACGGUGGAGCACGUCGGCGGCCCAGAGCAGAGCAACCACAUAUGCUUCUGGGAGGAGUGUCCGCGUGAGGGCAAGCCCUUCAAAGCCAAAUACAAACUGGUCAACCACAUCCGCGUGCACACGGGCGAAAAGCCUUUUCCCUGCCCAUUCCCUGGCUGCGGCAAGGUUUUCGCGCGUUCAGAGAACCUCAAGAUCCACAAAAGGACGCACACAGGGGAGAAGCCCUUCAAGUGCGAGUUCGAAGGCUGCGACCGGCGCUUCGCCAACAGCAGCGACCGCAAGAAGCACAUGCACGUGCACACUAGCGACAAGCCCUACCUUUGCAAGAUGUGCGACAAGUCCUACACGCACCCCAGCUCUCUGCGCAAACACAUGAAGGUUCACGAGUCCUCUUCUCAGGGCUCACAGCCUUCUCCCGCCGCCAGCUCCGGGUACGAGUCGUCCACGCCACCCACCAUCGUGUCUCCCACCACAGACAACCCGACCACCAGCUCCAUGUCGCCCUCCUCCUCCGCGGUCCACCACACAGCCGGCCACAGCGCGCUCUCUUCCAAUUUUAACGAAUGGUACGUUUAA